UGAUGAGUUUUCGGGAUGGAAGCCUGCUGUCUUCUUCUGAGCGCCCAGGAACCCGUCUUUGCCUUUCCUUCCCUGAGGAAUCUGGCCUCGUGGUCCCAGACCAACUCACAGUAUCCCCAGUUAGGGCCACCGUUUGCAACUCUUAGGGCUCGGGUGGAUGCCGCAGGAGAGCAGGAGGACUGGAAUGAAAUUGACCCAAUUAAAAAGAAAGAUCUUCAUCACAGCAACGGGGAUGAGAAAGCACAAAGCAUGGAGACCCUUCCUCCAGGAAAAGUGCGGUGGCGGGACUUUAACCAGGAAGCUUACGUCGGAGGGACGAUGGUCCGCUCCGGGCAGGACCCCUACGCCCGCAACAAAUUCAACCAGGUGGAAAGUGAUAAGCUGCGGAUGGACAGAGCCAUACCUGACACCAGACACGACCAGUGUCAACGGAAGCAGUGGCGGGUAGACCUGCCAGCCACCAGCGUGGUGAUCACGUUCCACAAUGAAGCCAGGUCGGCCUUGCUGAGGACAGUGGUCAGUGUGCUUAAGAAAAGCCCUCCCCACCUCAUAAAAGAGAUCAUCUUGGUGGAUGACUACAGCAAUGACCCUGAAGACGGGGCUCUCUUAGGGAAAAUUGAGAAGGUGCGGGUUCUCAGAAAUGAUCGGCGAGAAGGCCUGAUGCGCUCGCGGGUCCGGGGGGCCGACGCGGCCCAGGCCAAGGUCCUGACGUUCCUGGACAGCCACUGUGAGUGCAACGAGCACUGGCUGGAGCCCCUCCUGGAGAGGGUGGCCGAGGACAGGACUCGGGUCGUGUCCCCUAUCAUCGAUGUCAUUAACAUGGACAACUUUCAGUACGUGGGGGCGUCCGCUGACCUGAAAGGCGGUUUUGACUGGAACUUGGUCUUCAAAUGGGAUUACAUGACCCCAGAGCAGAGGAGAUCCCGGCAAGGGAACCCGGUCGCCCCCAUAAAAACCCCUAUGAUUGCUGGCGGGCUCUUCGUGAUGGACAAGCUCUACUUUGAAGAACUGGGGAAAUAUGACAUGAUGAUGGACGUGUGGGGAGGAGAAAACCUGGAGAUCUCAUUCCGCGUGUGGCAGUGCGGUGGUAGCCUGGAGAUCGUCCCCUGCAGCCGCGUGGGACACGUGUUCCGGAAGCAGCACCCCUACACUUUCCCGGGUGGCAGUGGCACGGUCUUUGCCCGUAACACCCGCCGGGCAGCAGAGGUCUGGAUGGACGAAUACAAAAAUUUCUAUUAUGCAGCAGUGCCUUCUGCCAGAAAUGUUCCUUAUGGAAAUAUUCAGAGCCGGUUGGAGCUCAGGAAGAAACUUAGCUGCAAGCCUUUCAAGUGGUACCUGGAAAAUGUCUACCCAGAACUAAGGCUCUGUAAGCCGCCCGAGGAGCAGCACCCAGCACCCCCCCGCCCCCCGGUGUGCGCUCUGGGCCCUCCCUGCCCAGCAGGUGCCUCUGCCCGGCCUCCCUGUUCUGGUUCCGAGGGUCUCGCCCUCCUCGCUCGUCUUGCCCUCGUGAGUGAGCGUCCAGAGCUGAGGGUCCCUGACCACCAGGAUAUAGCUUUCGGGGCCUUGCAGCAGGGAACCAACUGCCUGGACACUUUGGGACAUUUUGCUGAUGGUGUCGUUGGAGUCUAUGAGUGUCACAAUGCAGGGGGGAACCAGGAAUGGGCCUUGACGAAGGAGAAGUCGGUGAAGCACAUGGACUUGUGCCUGACGGUGGUGGACCGGGCACCAGGCUCUGUCAUAAAGCUGCAGGGCUGCCGAGAGAACGACACCAGACAGAAGUGGGAACAGAUCGAGGGCAACUCCAAGCUGCGGCACGUGGGCAGCAACCUGUGUCUGGACAGCCGCGCGGCCAGGAACGGGGGCCUGAGCGUGGAGGUGUGCGGCCCCGCCCUGUCUCAGCAGUGGAAGUUCACGCUCAACCUGCAGCAGUAAGCGGAGCCCGCCGGGCCGCGGUAGCCCGGCCCCCACGCCGGCUGAGUCUGGAGGUCACGUUAUUGAUUAUGUUUCUUGAACUUUCUGCGAAACUAUAUACCUCAGUAUUCCAUCAUGGUCUGAAAGUCGGAGAACUUGUGCGAGGCACGGGGCCUGGGCGGACACCGAAGAGGCCCGGAAAGAGAACCGCUCUCCUCGCCCCCCAGGAGGCGGCCAGGCCCCUCCUCCGAGGCCGCGGCCGCCCACCCCCGGCAACACACCCCCCCCGCCCCCCCACCCCGGGACGGCCGAGGCGCCGCCCCAGCACGGACCAGUGCGGGGCAGGGAGGGCGGAAGGGGGGCCGUUGCUGCGUCACCCCGAGGAGAACUCUUUUGAAAUCUCCAUUUUUGAUCCCAUCGAAAUCACGUCUGGUUUCCACAACAGCGAACCGCGUCAUUUUGCAGGUUUACGUUGUAUUCCCCUGUCCCUGCUCCUCCGUUCCCAGCUGUCUUCCCAGCACAGACCCCCUCUUCCACGUGACGUACUUGCUCUAUUUGAAUAUGAACUUUUCUAUGGUGGGACACUAAAUAUAAAUAUAUAUAAAGGAAGAAUGUACGGUCAGUUCCCUAUGGUUUCUGUAGGUUGUCCUCAUCUUGUAAAUUGCCCAGACAGCAGUUAGUUCACGGCCGGAAGUAAGAGGGACGGGGCCCUUGGGGGGGUGGGGAAGGUGGGCUCUGUCACCCCCCCCAGCCCCAUCAGUGAGCUGGUGCUACGGGGGCCGCUGGGGGCUUCCCUGCCACUGGGCCUCAGGAGGCUAGGGGUGCGGGGGAGGGGGGGCGGACUGCCAGCCUCAGCCCGGGCACCUCCGUGGGCUUCAGCUUGGGAGUCACUGCUAAGUGUCAGCAUCCACCUUCUGUGCCCUUGGUUUCUGGAAACCUGGAUGCGCUACUUAUUUUGACAAACAUUACUUUGGGUCUUUUUGAAUUAAAUUUCUUUUCCCUUAGGGAAAAAACAAAAACCCAGCGGCCUCCCAGCUCCCAGUAGGUGACAGUAGGAAGCUGUCCUAGGCUGGCAUUGGGCAAAUCGUGGGUGUCCCGUGAGCUGGUCCCUGGGCUCUGGAAUCUGGCCUGCCCACACCGUCUCCCUCCCAGGCCCAGGUGCCUGCUUUCCAUCAUGAGGCAUUGGGUCAAGAGUUGGGAGAGGCGGAAACCAUCCAAUGCCCGAUCAGCUGACGUGGAGGAUUCUGGGCACAACACAGGAGGCGUGUGCGUUAGGAAGCAGAGAUCAGUAUAACCACGAGCCAGUGAGGAACUAAGUCGUGACAGGAAGAGAUGCCCAGGAAUGUCCCUGCAGAGCCCCCCUUGCCUUUGCAGUGGCCCCGCAUGCUGUGACAGGGCAGUCCCCGGCCCCCUACGGAGUGGCCCUCCUGCACACGUGUGGUCUCAGAGAGGCUGGCCACCCCAGGCCACCCCUGGCUGCUGCGGAGUGGGAUGUGCAUCAGAAAUGCACAUCCUCAGGCCCCUUCGGGGAGGGCCCCGGGGGGGGGGGUCACAGAGUGAGAAGUGGCCCCAGAAGAUUCUGCAAAGUGCCACUCUGUUCCCUGCCCGUUUCUUCUAGGCAAGGGGACGCUAUUGGUCUUUCUUCCUUCGCUGCACAAGGCCCACGUGUGUUUGCUCUAGGUCACCGGGAUGGGGUGUAGAGGCAUGGCUCGGGGACUCUCCUGCGGCUUCCCUUCUGCCCUCUGCCCAGCAACCGGAUGUACCUUCAGUGGACAGGGAGGCCAUAGCUGGAUUACCUGUGCACAGCUGUGUCUUCAGAGGCUGGUCUUGACUACAGAGAGGCCUCGGGGAGAGGGCCAGCUACCUGUGCAAGGCUGUUGAAUGCAGGUGGGGCAGGAGGAACCAGACUCAGCCCGAGCAUCUGGGUCCCAUCAUCAGACCCCGUCCCCUGUGAGCCCCUGCCAUUGUUUGCAAAAAAUACCCCAUGGUUAGCAAACACAUUUGGCCUUGAUGUAAAACAAAUUCGAGUCAGGUUCUUGAUGAGUCCUUCCCCUACACACCCCAGCCCCACCCAGAACUCUCACCGAGUUUGUACCAUCGGGAUGGGCCGACCUGGCCCCUUUUGGGGUCGCUCCCCGUCCCUGAGCUGGGGGGCGGGGGGCUGGCAGCCUCGGACCCCGCGUUGUGAGCAGAGGUGGGGCUGGGAGGGCUCCCUGGAGGUGAGCUAUGUUUACAAGACAACAGUGUGCCAAAGUGACUUACUGCGGUUGCAUUAUUUCUUAGUCAUCCCGACGACCCCACCCUCUCACUCCUGUUUUUACAAGUACAGAUUCUUUCCUGAGAGCCCUUUGAGCAAAGCGUGGCGAAGCUAGUUGUCCUCUGUGGUGGUCUUUCUUAUGUCUUCAUCAAAGCUAAAAUGAUGGUCUCUGUGAGUAUGUUUUGCAAAUUCAAAAUAUAGUUUGGUAAUUUUUUUUCCAGUUGAUUUUUAAAAAGAACUGCUGUACAGAGCUUGUACUUUGUCCAUUUUAUAGAUGGAAACCAUCCUUGAAAAUUGUUUAACUUAAAUAAAGAGAAGAUACUUUAUAGAUAAUGCU